AUGGGAGAGGAGGAAGGAAAAGAAGAGGAGAGGGCCCAGGCGAUAGUAGAGGGCAAUCUGGAGGAGGUACCUAGUGACAAUCUCCUACAGAAAGAAGAGAGCUUGGCAAGGAAGUGCCCUAUUGAAAAGGCGGAGAUCAUACAGGACUUGUUAAGAGAUUACCUGGAAUUAACUAACAUAAUAGUUGAAAUAGAGGCAGUAGCCCAUUUCGUAGAACAUAACAGAACUGACGAGCGGACAACUCAAGUGCGGACAAGCCGUGACGUUUUUACCAAAGAUAGCACACCGUUGGUAGAAAUGAGGACAACCGGAGUCGUAGUUGCGACCCCAGUGAGCAUGGGGAGGAAGAUGGAAGUCCCGACGAACAGGGGCAUAACCGUGGAGGAGCCUAUGAGGGAUGAAGAAACCCACGUCCUGGCCGGCGUGCCCGUCUCACAGAAGAAAGACAGCACGAACACCUUCAUCACGCUCAAGGGAGCGACGGAGGGGUGGACGAUGGUUGACAUCCACAAGCAGCUGCCAACCGAGGAGGAGCUGAAGGAGAUUGGUGUCAGCGCUAAAGUGGUUAGACCUCUGAGCGACGGAAAAGGGGUCCUAGUCAGGACGGAGGGGUUGGUGCAGGCCAACAAAAUCUUGGAGUGGGAUCGCCUGAAGGAGCAAGGACUGGAGGCGAGGCUGACCACGUCGCGACGCCCCCGACUGGAGGUCAAGGGAGUACCCAGGCACUGGGACGCAGGGCUCUUGGAGGAGUUCCUAUGGAAGAAGAGCGGGUGCCAGUUGGUGACUGGAUCGGACUCUGAUGCACGGACCGCAGUUGCUCCUCCGAGAUCACUGGUCUUUACUCUCGAGCGAUACACUCUUCCAGAAGCCGCUGGGAUGGCAGCAUACCUACACUAA